CUCUUUCUGCCGGAAAAACACGUGCUCGUCUCUCCGAUACGCGGUUUCUAUAUAUAUAUCCUUCCCAGCCCCCUCUCCGUCCUUUUUUCAAUCCAAAAUCAUAAAUAAACAAAAAACGAAAAGAAAAAGACGCAAACUCCAGUGGAAAGGAAGAACGAGAUUGUGUGAGAUUCAGUUUGAAGCAGCAUUGAAUAGCAGCAAGGGAGAGAAGCAAGUGGACGACGAAAAAUGGCGUUGGCAUCGAUUUGCCGGCGGCUGACAAUUGAUUCGACCUUCAGCUGUACAAACCUUUGGCACUCGGCAGUCGGCGCCCGGACAAGUCGCAGCUUACCGCUCAUUGACUCAGUGAGGACUCUCGCCCAAGAGGCCGCCAAGAAAAUGGGUUUGCCACGAGUGUUCUUCGACAUGAGUGCCGAUAACAAACCCGUCGGCCGUAUCGUCAUGGAGUUGCGCAGCGACGUGGUGCCGAAGACGGCGGACAACUUCAAGAUGCUGUGCACCGGCGAGAAGGGCUUCGGCUACAAGGGCAGCAGUUUCCACCGCGUGAUCCCGAACUUCAUGUGUCAGGGCGGCGACUUCACCAACCACAACGGCACCGGCGGCAAGUCCAUCUACGGCAACAAGUUCGAGGACGAGAACUUCCAGCUGAAGCACACCGAGCCGGGCGUCCUCUCGAUGGCCAACGCUGGGCCCAACACCAACGGCUCGCAGUUCUUCAUCACCACCGUGAAGACCAGCUGGCUCGACAACAAGCACGUCGUCUUCGGCAAGGUCGUCGAGGGCAUGGACAUCGUUCGGAAGAUCGAGGCGAUGGGCUCGCAGAGCGGGAAGACGGCCAAGAAGAUCGUCGUCCAGGAUUGCGGCGAGGUGAAGGCAUAGGGAGCCCCGGCGAAAGCAGCUAGAGAGACGCACAGAAGUGCGACGCCACGAAUCCGACGCUCACUUCUGUACCAUUGCCCCACCUUCGCUUGCCACGAUGACGCCACGUACACGACGGAUUUCCUGCGCAGCGCGAUAUUCCUCGAUAGAGACCUGCUGCGCGCGCGCCUGCUCGCGCUUUCAAGCACAUUUCGAAGAAAAAUAAAACGAAGCAUUUAGAUACGAAGCUUAAUCGUGUGGAACGUUGUUUGUCGACGUAUUUCCCUAGUGCAUUUUUCUAACAUAAUUUUCGAUCUUUAUUGCUCACUCUUUGCUGACCGUGUCUCGCAGAAAAAAGCAAUGCACGCUUAUUUUUUUACCGGUAAACCGCGAAAUGGAUGGUUUGGAAAAGAAAGAGGGCAAGUUGUUACAAAGAGCGUAGCUCUAUUGAUCUGUGCUAGUAUGGAUGUCUACAAAAAUAAAGUUGUU